AUGAGCGUGUCGGUGCGCGCUGUGCUGGUGGAAGGCCCGCAGGCCCCGCGCUCCAAGGGGCCGUACACGUAUGCUAGCACGCCGCGCGCUCUGUACAACAAUGUGAAGCUAAAACGUGACCCUUCGUGCAUAACCGUUAUUAAAACGUUAGAUAUACCUGCUGACGAUGCAAACGCAUUCACAGUAAUCAACCAUGAGGAGGACAACCAUACCGCGAAGCACGUGCCGUUGCCACGUAUCGUAAACGUCGUCAAGCCGCUCCAGCGCGAUGACGGCCGUACACACGUACCGAGCGCGACAAAAGACCAGCUGACGGAGAGAAUGGUCGCCGCCGUCGUGCCCCAGACAAUUCUCGACCCUAAAUUUACACGGGCGCUUGAUUUUAAGCUUCGUCGUCUAAAAGAGAAAGAAAUUUUGGAAGCCAAUCUUCGGCGGCCGACGCGCUAUCGCCGGCGUCCCGGAGCGCUAGCGACAUCCAAUCCUAAUCUCACUUGGAAAGAACAAACGCCGCCCAAAAAAACGAUGAGUCAGUCUCAACCGCGAAUCGAUAUAAUUUCGAGUGAUGGGGAGAGGACAAAAAUAUCUCCAAAGUUUGAUAAAUCUCCGCAGAAUCUCAGCAAAAGUCGCAGCAAAAUCUCCGGUGCUAGUGAGGUGGAUAAACCAAGAUUUGUCACUACAGUGAAGUCUGGGCAGUUUCUUCUACCACCACCGGACGUCGCUCACCUUCUUGGAUUGGAAACCCUGUAUCCACCUCAGGAGAGAGAGAAAAUUGUGUAUUCAUAUGCGAACAAGCCUAAGGCUGUGACGAAUAAAAGUAAGCGAUCAGUACCGGAAAAGAAGGAGACUGUACCAAAUGGUGUGCCUCAUGGGGCUCCUACUUUGGGCAAAGCAAAAAGAACCAACGUCAAUGGUGGCGAAGUCUUCAAGGGUGUCCGAGCGCUGAUAGCGGGCGUCGCCGGCAUGAAACAUCUUCUCGAAGAACAUGACCAUGUUGGCAGCAUGGCGACGGGUGUCACGGCCGCGACAGGAACGACGGGCUACUCCAAUCUCAUGCACGACAAGCGCGUUGUCCGCGGCAGCACCUUCGCUUCACACCCACACGCCGCUGGCGAUGGCCUGGAGUCUGGCGCGGCGCGUGCGGCGAGGACAAGGCGGCGGGCGCUGGCGCGGCGAGCGGCGCUGGCGAGGCUGAGGCCCGGCACUCCGCCGCCCGCGCCCGGCCGCCGGCACCACCCCAUACAGACCGAGUACUACCUCGAAGAGCUAUUCGACAAAGGCGUGGAAAUGGAAGUUGGUGUACAAACAGACCUCUUCGUCGAUCGUCCCGCGACGCCCAUCUACGUGCCCGCUAAGACUGGAGCUGAUGCUUUCACACAGAUACAGCCUGGAGACCUAUUCGACUUCGACCUGGAAGUACAACCGAUACUGGAAGUUCUGGUGGGGAAAACGACAGAGCAAGCGCUGGCUGAGGUGGCCCAGGAAGAGGAACUUGCGACUCUUCGGGAACAGCAGCGUCGUUACCGAGAACUGCGUGAUGCUGAACUAGCCGAGAGACAGCGCCUUCAGCUGCGUGAUGAGCGACUCAACCAAGAGAAGGAGCGUCGUGUCGCAGAGGCCAGAGAGGCGCGCGUUGCGGGCGAAGAGGCGCGCUCGCGCGUGGCGGCCGCGACCUUGGUGCAGGGCUACGUCGCCGAGCUGCUGCCCGCGGUGCUGGCGGGGCUGCGGGACAGCGGCUACCUCGUGCGACGCGCCACGAGAGGGGUUGAAGAGGAGUUCAUGCCGUGGCUGAUACAAGAGGUGUCUCUCGAGAUCGAGUCCAUCAUCACGAGUAGAGACGUCAUCGCUGAGAUAGUGCGAGACGUGGUGGAGGCGCGCGCGGAACUGCUCGGCAGAGACCGGCGCGACGCUCAGCGCGCGUCGCCGCCCGAGUCCGUCACACCGCCCUCUGUGCCAACGGAGGAAGGUUAG